UGUGGAAGAAUGUUGUAUACAGAACCAAACUUUCCACCACAUCUCUCCCUAACUCAGUGAGAAGCUUAAAGACGAACAACACUACAUGGUCUACUGGGUUGGUGUGUGUGAUAAACGGCAGUGUUUUCUUCUCCUUACUAAAAUAUAUUUUCACACGAUUGGCACAAGAGCUGGUGGUCUCCAUGGCUAUGCUCCUGUCAGAAAACAACAGGUCUUUCCUUCCCACCACCAAGACUCCUCUCCACAAUGCCACAGAAUGGAUCCUGGUCCACAGCAUCAUUCCUCCCUACAUCUUCACUCUGUGUGUGACGGGGCUGCUGGGUAAUGGCUUUGUCCUGCUGGUCUUCCUUCUCCAGAGGGAGCAGUGCUCCGUCCCAGAGAUCUACCUGGCAAACCUGGCCCUGGCUGACCUGCUCCUCCUGGCCUGCCUGCCCUUCUGGGCCAUGAACAUCCUUAAUGACUACAACUGGCCUUAUGGAGAAUUCCUGUGCCACGUAGUCAAUCUGUCUAUCACUGUCAACUUCUAUACCAGCAUCUACCUGUUGGUGAUGGUGAGCGUGGACCGCUACUUAGCGCUGGUGAGAACCAUGAGGGCCAGGUGGCUGAGGAGGAAGCGCUACGCAAGAGCGAUAUGUCUCAUACUGUGGCUGUUUGGGCUGCUGAUAGGAGGUCUAGCUUCGCUUCACAGAAAGGUGACGUUCAUUGAGGAAUAUCGUACAAUGGCGUGUAUUCUGGAGUAUCCGGACAGCUCUGGGGAGUCUUGGAAGCUGGCCCACAACCUUCUGUUGAACAUAGUUGGCUUUGUUGUGCCUGUUGUGGGGAUUUCUUCCUGCAGUUGUAACAUUAUCAGAGCCCUGAGGAAGAGGAGGAAGAGUGUUUACAUAGAGGGUGGAAAUGACAGGAAGGCCACAGUCCUUGUUUACGCCGUGACGCUGCUGUUUUUUGUAUGUUGGAGUCCCUUCCAACUCUUCACCUUACUCGAUAUGCUGUGUGAUGCAGAAGUCUUGGAUGAAACAUGGCAUUAUACACUGGACAUUGGUACCCAGUUUUCAACCUACCUAGCAAUUCUGAACAGUAGCCUAAAUCCUCUGUUGUAUGUAUUUUCUGGACAGUAUUUUAGGAGGAAAGUUAGCACCAUCUACAAGAGAACGAAGAAUCGCAGGAGAUCUGAUACAAUGGCAUUUCAGCUUUCAAUUGUAUCAACCUACCUCCACAGGACGGAUCAAAUCAAACCUGUUGUAAUACACCUCGAAUUGUAG